CCACGUUUGUUGAAAAUCUAUUGUUUUUCAACAAUACCAUUUGUUAUAAGGCACAGAGAAACAGGAACAUAGAUAAAUAACAGGAGAAAAGGAUUUGGGUUUUGGUGGGAGAAGAAUCCAAAGCCAAAUUGAGAGAAACAGAUGGACUCAAAGGCACUUCCUAAUUAUCUUCGGCCUUCGAGCGGUUCUUGCCACGAUAUAUGUAAGUAUGGACGGAGACGACCACUCGAAGAGCAUCCCACUAAACCCCGGCAUAAGAAGACCGCAAAGCCUUCCGUAGCAAUCCCUUCCCCUGAGAAGAAGGAAGCUGGCAAUGGCCAACCUUCGCCUUCUUCUCAUGCCAAAUCCUUUUCUCCCAGGCAUAAAAACACUUCAUCCAAGAGAGGUGUAUUUCAAGUGAAGGAAAGCAGUUCUGUUGCUAGUAAAAUGUUUAAGCAGAAAGGGUGUCAUCCAACUGUUAAACCAUCCUCGCCUUGCCACAGCUCGGAUGGCGUGUGUGUGAAACGAAGACGAAAUGAGGAUGUCCAAAGUAGGCAGCCAUCCAUUUUGUCUUCUAACACAGCAACGAGUGGAGGAAAAACUGGCAUGGUGAAAUUGUUGUCUCCUCGGAAGAGGGUUAGUAGCAUUGAGUCGUCACGACCAUCUCCAUCGUUCCAAGAAGAAGGUGAUCGAGAGAGCAAGAAGUUUGAGUUCGUGUUUAAAGCCGUUGCAGAUGCUCCAUCAUCUUCAUUUCAUGGAGAUGAUGAUGAAGAAUCAGAUAAACUCGCCUCAGACACGACCUUGUCUCAGAGGAAAAGGAGGAGAAUGACUAGGGUGGUUAAGCCUGGCGAUGAACAUGAUUUGCCUGUGAAUCUCAAGUUCCAAACCGGAAAAACAAUGGAUCAGCCCGAGAAAAGUAAUGCUCCAAGAUGGCUUAAAUUUAGGAGUACUAGAGUGGACAUGAUCAGAGCAGAUGAUUCUGUAAAUAGUUGUGUUCUGAUUCGCCCUCUCAAGCCUUCAAGAAUCAGAGAUAAGCAUCGUUCAAGCAGAAACAGAUAUAUGAGAGCCCAAUAUGGGAGGACAAGAAUCCUUGCGCUCGAAGAUAAGAAGGGGGACCGAAAGAGAAAUUGGAGGGAGGAUGAUGUGCGAAGGAAUCACCGCCAAGACAAAGAUUUCGAGUGUUUGAGGGAAGAAAGUGUGAGUAAACUAGCUCAGAGACGGAAAGGCACGGUGAAAAGUUUAGUGAGAAACUACGAAACGCUUGUCUCCUGCCUCAUAGAGCAGAACUGGAUUUUGAAACUGAAAAAGAAUAAACCUUAGAGGUUAUGUUGUUUGCAAGUUUUGACAGUUUAUUUUUGAGUUGUACAAUGUAUGAUGAUUUGAAUAAGGUUCAGCUUCAGAGUAUGUAAUAUACCAAUGGUUGUCUUUAUUUAGUGCA